AUGGCUAAAUUCUGGUGGGGAAAGAAGGAGGAUGAAAAGAAAAUUCACUGGAUAAAAUGGAGUAGAAUGACAGAUAUCAAAGUUGAAGGGGGUCUGGGAUUCAGGGAUUUGCAGGACUUUAACUUGGCAUUGUUGGGGAAGCAAUUAUGGAGAAUUUUGAUGCAGCCUAAUUUGCUGAUGAGUAGAGUAAUGAAAGCGAGGUACUUUGGUGGGAAAUCCAUUUGGGAUGUACAGCCAAAAGGAUCAGACUCAUGGUGCUGGAAGAGUUUACUGAGUGCCAGAGAAAUGCUGGAGGAAGGACUAAGAAGGACGGAAUUUGAGGAGAAAGACAGGUUGCAGAUACUAAAGAUACCUCUGAGUCUGGGGAAGGUACUGGAUAGGAUCUACUGGGCAAAGUCAAGUUUCGGUGUAUACUUUGUCAAGACUGGCUAUAAACUAAUCAAGGAAAUGAAGAGUAGACAGUAUCAACAUAGAGGAGCUUCAGAACCAAGUAAUAGUAGGACGAUCAAGUCUCAGAAUUGGAUUUUUCUGUGGGGUUUGAGCAUGCCAAAUAAACUCAAACACUUCAUCUGGAAAUGUUUCCAAGGAAUACUGCCAACUAACACAGUGGUGAAGGGAGAGUCUGGUAAGGGGGACCAUAUGUGCAAGUGCUGUGGAGAUGGCUCUGAGACAUUAGAGCAUAUGUUUUUUCUGUGUUGUAAUGCUAGAGCAAUUUGGAAGGUGGCACCAUUGAGGGGGGGAGCAAAACAUGACAAUCUGGUAGCAGGAGAGCAGGAGAAGGGCAGGAGAUGGGAUACACCGCAAGCUGGCUGGAUCAAGCUCAACACUGAUGCAGCUCUGGACCAAAAACUUAACAAGGCAGGGUGGGGUAUAGCGGCCAGGAAUAGCUCAGGGGAACUGGUAGGUGCAUGGACGAGGCCAACUGAAGGCUGUGCUGAGGCACAGGUGGAGGAAGCUUUGGCAAUAUGA